AUUCAAACUAUAUAUUAUUAUAAGAUUCUCAUAUUCUCUUCCUCGACUUCCCCAAUGAACUCUCUUGGCCUUUCUACACAUUCCAUUUUCACCACCUUUAUUAAUUAACCUCUUCCUUUGUCUUAUUUCUCAUUCCAUCACUCACUCACAUCACACACCUUAGUUUAUUCUUUCUCCACUUGAAAACUCUCUCUCUCUAGUUUCUUUCUACUUCAAUUUUUUUACAUAAAUUGCAUUCCACAAAAAUACUCACCAAGUAUACUCAAACAUGCAAGUGCUUAAUCCUUCAAUGCUAUUUGCACCCCCAAAUGAAAAUCAAAGUUUCAUGAAUGAACAAAAACAAUGUAAUGAUAAUACAUCUUCUCUACCAUUGCAAAUUACCAACAUACCCUCAGAGUUCAUUUGGCCAGAACAUGAGAAACCAUGUUUAGCACCUCCAAAACUUGAAGUUCCACCUAUUGACUUAAAAGCCUUUCUAUCUAAUGAUCCAAUAGCCAUUUCAAAUGCUUGUUCAAAAGUGAACCAUGCAUGCAAAAAACAUGGCUUUUUUCUUGUUGUUAACCAUGGUGUUGAUAACAAACUCAUAGCUCAAGCUCAUAAGCUUGUUGAUGAAUUCUUCUGCAUGCAACUAUCGGAGAAACAAAGAGCUCAAAGAAAGUUUGGUGAACAUUGUGGUUAUGCUAAUAGUUUCAUUGGGAGAUUCUCUUCUAAACUUCCAUGGAAGGAAACACUCUCUUUUCGAUACUCGGCCGAUGAGUCAUGCAGAACUGUAGAGGACUAUUUUGUAAAUGUCAUGGGAGAAGAUUUCAGACAAUUUGGGAGUGUGUACCAAAACUAUUGUGAAGCUAUGAGCAAACUCUCACUUGGGAUCAUGGAGCUUCUUGGUAUGAGCCUAGGAGUUGACAAGGAAUAUUUCAGAGAUUUUUUUGAAGGAAAUGACUCAGUAAUGAGAUUGAAUUACUAUCCACCAUGUAAAAAUCCUGAUUUAGCAUUAGGAACUGGACCUCAUUGUGACCCUACUUCACUAACCAUUCUCCACCAAGAUCAAGUUGAAGGUCUUCAGGUGCUUGUGGAUGGAAUAUGGCACUCAGUUGUUCCUAAAGAAGAUGCUUUCGUGGUCAACAUUGGUGACACAUUUAUGGCUCUAUCAAAUGGGAUAUUCAAGAGUUGCUUGCAUAGAGCAGUUGUAAAUGACAAAAUAGUAAGAAAAUCACUUGCAUUUUUUCUAUGUCCAAAUGAAGACAAACUGGUCACUCCUCCAAAAGAACUUAUCAACCAAGAGAAUCCAAGGAAAUAUCCAAACUUCACAUGGCCAAGAUUACUUGAAUUUACACAAAAAUAUUACAGGGCUGAUGAAAGAACACUUGAUGCUUUUUCAAUAUGGCUACAAGAAAAAACAACUAAAUAGAGGUGCCUCCACCUUUGUCAAUGAUAUAAAGUGAAAAGAGGGUGUGGUUUUUAUUGAGAGAGAAGAAGAUAAUAGAAAACACCAAAGAAUAGGCCAAGUAUGUAAUAAGUGUUGGAAGAAUCCUAAUGAUGCAUGCAAAUGGAGGAAAUUAUAGACGAUAUUCCUCUAGGAAUAAAGAGUAGUUCAAUAAUGCUUGUUGUGUAAUCAUGUUUUUCUUGUCACUAAUAAAGCAUUUUCUUCAGUUGUCUUCA